GGGCCGGGCCUAGCGGGCGCUUGUUGUUCUCGGGGUUGAGGGAGGCGGAGGCGGCUUCCCCUGUGUGUCUGUCUCUAGCUGUGUUGCCAUAGUCGGGCACUGAAGGCAGCCAGAGCCGGGUCGGCGGUGGGGCCAUGUCUCGGAGAUCGCCCGCGCAGGCGGGCGGGACCCGGAGAAGAAGGUUGUCGCUGCGAAGUUUUCCUCGGAUACAACGCGGCCCGAGCGGAGGCCGCAGCGUCGUAGCCCUCAGGGACUGAAGAGCCUCUCGGACCCCUGGAUUUCCUGGUGCCCCGCAGCUGGACGCUUCAGCCAGGCACACCUUUGCUGCCCUAACCCGAGGCCCUUGACUUCCUUGUCCCUGGCCCCUGCAGAAGAUGAAGCUCUUAGAAAACUCCAGUUUUGAGGCGAUCAACUCCCAGCUAACGGUGGAGACAGGUGAUGCUCACAUCAUUGGCAGGAUCGAGAGUUACUCCUGUAAGAUGGCAGGGGACGACAAGCACAUGUUCAAGCAAUUCUGCCAGGAGGGCCGGCCCCAUGUGCUAGAGGCUCUGUCGCCCCCCCAGACCUCUGGCCUCAGCCCCAGCAGGCUGAGCAAGAGCCAGGGAGGGGAAGAUGAAGGGCCACUGAGUGAUAAGUGCAGCCGAAAGACCCUCUUCUACCUGAUCGCCACUCUCAACGAGUCCUUCAGGCCUGAUUAUGACUUCAGCACCGCCAAGAGCCAUGAGUUCAGCCGAGAACCUAGCCUCAACUGGGUGGUGAACUCAGUAAAUUGCAGCCUUUUCUCUGCUGUUCGAGAGGACUUUACUGCUCUGAAGCCCCAGCUCUGGAAUGCAGUGGAUGAAGAGAUUUGCCUGUCUGAGUGUGAUAUCUACAGCUACAAUCCUGACCUGGACUCUGACCCCUUUGGUGAAGAUGGCAGCCUCUGGUCCUUCAACUACUUUUUCUACAACAAGCGGCUCAAGCGCAUAGUUUUCUUCAGCUGCCGAUCGAUCAGUGGCUCCACAUACACUCGAUCAGAGACUGGCCAUGAAUUGGACAUGGAUUUGGGAGAGGAGGAAGAGGAAGAGGAAGAAGAAAGAGGGGAUAGAAGCAGUGAGGGGGCAACAGAGGAGACCAGCACCAUGGAGGACAGGCUCCAGGUGAUCUGCAUGUGAGAGGUACAGGAACCACCCAUCUUCACUGCUCCUGGGCGGGGACUUUUCCUGUCUGCUCGACCCCCUUGGGCCCCCCCAGUUGGCCAUCCCUCUGCAACCAGCUGGGCUUAGCCCUCCUAGCACUUUGGCUCCAGACUGUGAGCAACUGACUCUUCCCCCAACCUUUCCCAAUCCUACAGAACCAGCACCAGAGCCCCUGCCUUCUCCCUCAUGCUGCCUAGCCCCGGACUCUUGGGGAAGGAUUGACUGUGUCCUUGGAGGUGGCAGGGCUAGCUUUGAUCUGCUCCCUCUGGCUCCCAGAUUGUAUUUUUAUAUUUUGUACAGGGGCACUAGCCCCUCUUUACCCCACCACACUCCACCCCAAAUCCCUGGGGGCAGGUGGGGGGCUGUACUCUGGGCCUGCUGGUAGCUGGUCUGGACUCUGGGCACAGCCUUCACCUAGUGGUGCCGGGGCAGGGCAGGACGGGACCCAGGCCCCAGGCCCCUCCUACCUCGGCCCAGCCCUGAAGGGCAGCCAGUGUGCACUGAGGGGUCACUUUGCUGCAGCUCUGUGUUUGUCUCCAAUAAAGUUUCUGUGACUUA